AUAAACCCCAGCAAUUUGGUGUCUGUGUUUUAGUUUGCUUAACCCAAACACAAACACAUCGCCACAAAUUGCUAAGUCCACAAAUUUGCAAGUUAAUCUUGAGCGGAAAGUGUCAAUACGUUGCACGGUAAUCGCCAUUCAAAAACAGAAUGAAUAACCGUGGAGUUGGAUUCUCGGAGUUUUUCGUAAAAACCCCAACCAGUCGGUCCAUUCAAUUGCGUGCCAAAAAAGUGGCAAAGGAACUGGUGAUGCAAAAUAAGGAUGUGCGGGACAAGAUAUUGAAAAACAAAGUGCUUACCUAUGCACAAUUCCGAAAGAUAAUGAAAUCAGCUGGCAAUGUGACGGAUCUGAAUCCGAUCACCUAUAAAAGUAUGAUUGAAAUACGACAAUCGCAGAUCGAUCACAGACGUCUCAAGAGUAUUAAAUCUGCUGGGGAUUCGCUUGGAUUUCAUGCUCGCCUUCUCAAUCGCAGCCAGUUAGCCGGCGAAUUUAACCAAAAGCAGGAGAUUUUCCGAAAAAAUAUGGAACUCCUUGGACGGAUUAACAAGACCAAUCGACUAAAGGGGGGUGUGGAUAGCUUCAAUCGCCAUUUUCCCGCCCUUCAGUCGAAUCGGAAUAAAAUCCGUGAGCUGGCAGAUCGCUUGAGCCAGGAGAACAGGCAGCUCGGUUGUCGCCUAUCGCAAGUGAAAUCCAAAGUGGAUUCACACAAUCCUUGGGUGCCACCCGUCAAGCCACUCGAACAAAAGGCCUCCGAUGAGACGGUCAGUACUUUCUUGCCAUAUAUGCCAUCGCCUCGCUUGGGCAAACGUAGUGCCCAAAUCCUGCUGCGACCCAUCAUAUAUUUCGAUAUGGCGGUGCGAGAGAAUAACCAGUUCAUGGGCAGAUUACUCCUACAACUCUACACGGAACUGAGUCCGGAAGUGGUGCUGGAGUUUGUGCGUAUGGCCACCCACAACGAUGUAGGAUGCCAUCGGUUUGUGCGAAUAUUCUCCAAUCUCUGGAUGGAGGCUGAACUUGUACCGGCUGUUCAUGAUUCCCUGCACAAUCACCACAGCGUCAAGUACUCCUUUUUGGAUCCCAGCAAGAUAACCGGCGUAUUAUCAUACCCAUGGGACUAUCGCCGUCACUUUCCCCAAGGACUUCUCAGCUAUACCAUCAGCUUUAAGCAAUCGGUGAUUCCGUGGCAGCGGGUCAUCUUUGGACGAGUUUGCGGCGGCCUAAGGGUGCUCCAAAAUUGCCACGAAUUCGGCACCAAAAAUGGCAAGACCAAGAAAACCGUGAUUGUCACGCGGUGUGGCCUGCUCUAAUGGGAGCCCACAUAUCGUCCGCCUCAUUAUGCAACUGCAUUAACAUAAGUCCAACGAACGGAUUGCAGGCAAACUGACUAAAUUGUAGCACAUCUUUGUGGCCCAAUGCAGCAGAAUGUUGUUUUCUCUCACAAAAUGCAAAUAAAAUUAUGAAGU